CUUGGAUCAUUAUGCAAAUUCAGUUGUUUUCGGAUGCAGUUGGUAACGCCAGCACAGGGAGAGCAAUGCUGUUGUUAUCCUUCGCGCUGAUGUCUUAGUCUGGCAAUGAUUAUCCUGCACAAUCAAGCCUUGCCGCUAGCAUCCAGGAUUGCGGGCACGCUGCUGUGCCACAUCAACCCAGCAGGAUGGCGAACGCCAACGAUAGCGACCGUCACGCGCAGUCCAAUUCAUUCCACCGCCAGCAAAUGCUUCCUCCCCUCGCAACGAGUAAAACCCAUCGCAGCACAACCCGUUGGAUCGGUGCUCCAGAAAAGCUGCUCCAUCCUUCAACAUCUCUGCACCAAGCAGCACGAAACGGUCGAUCCGUACGUCCUGCUGGAAGGCGAGCUGCGGCACAUCUACCAGGACAUUAGGGAGGAAAUCGUGCUCGCCACAAACCACCCGGAGCUGGGCCGAAUCGCCACCUACUACUUCGACGGGCAGGGCAAAGCGCUCCGGCCGAUGAUUACGAUACUGAUGGCGAAGGCGCUCCAUAGCGACCGCCCCGUUACGCAGGGCCAGCGGCAGAUAGCAAUGAUAUCGGAGAUGAUCCACACCGCCAGCCUGGUGCACGACGACGUCAUCGACCAGUCGUUCGCCCGGCGCGGCAAACCGAGCGUGAACGUGCUGUGGAACCAGCAGCAGGUGGCCCAGGCCGGCGACUACAUCCUCGCCGUCGUGUCGAUGAUGCUCGCCCGGCUGCAGCACAACGACGUGACGCUCAUCCUCAGCGAGAUACUGGCCGAUCUGGUGCAGGGCGAGCUGAUGCAGCUCGACACGAAGGAAACGGAAAACGAACGCUUUGCGCACUACUUCGCCCGCUCCUACCGGAAGACGGCAUCGCUGAUAGCGAACAGCCUGAAGGCGGUCGCCGUACUGACCGGGGUGGGCGAACGGACCGCCGAGAUUAGCUUCCAGUACGGGCGGAACCUUGGGCUAGCGUUUCAGCUGGUGGACGAUCUGCUCGACUUUGUGUCGAGCGCGGAAGCGAUGGGCAAACCGGCGGCCGUCGACCUGAAGCUUGGGCUCGCCACCGCCCCGGUACUGUUCGCGUGCGAGAAGUUUCCCGAGCUGAAUGCGAUGAUUGUGCGCCGCUUCCGGGGGGAAGGGGACACUGAGCGUGCGUACGAGCUGGUGCACCGGUCGGAGGGGCUGGAGCAGACGCGCUUCCUCGCCCGCAAGCACUGCGCCGAGGCACGCCGGCUCGCCAGCCAGUUCGACGAGUCGCCGUACCAGCAGGCCCUGGUGGUGGUGUGUGACUUUGUCCUGAACCGGAUGAAGUAGUGAUAGCGCGUUUAAGCGCGCGCUGCCAAAGAGAGUCUGAACUAUUCUACACGCCUGUACACAGUUUACUACUUUACAUCUGUAAAUGUACGCUAAAAACAUGCGGUAGUCAUUGCGGUAGUCAUAACAUAUUUAUUGUCAAUUAAGCACAAGAAAAGCCGUCUUGCGGGGACUGCGGCGGCCGAAACCCAAAAUUACGCUUGAAAUCUCGCCCAUCAAAUCAUUCAUUAAAACGUUGUGCGGGCGGUGGGGGGGCAGCGAACGAACGGAUUCGAUCCUUAUCCGUGGGCACGCAACAGAAACGCAACGCAAUGCAAUCCUCCACUACGCAAGUAAUUGUAUUUUUACGCGCUCAACCAUACUUCCAUAUUUAUGGACCCGCCGGGAGAAGCAUGAAAAGAUGUGUCUGUGCGUGUGUAUGCAGUUCUCAUCAACCGAUCAUUAUGGCCACGAAGAAUGUCGAUCAUUAACAUGCACGCGUGUAAUGGAGUAAACGAUAAAGCUCACGCACUCCCGCACUCAUCACCUUUUUCUGUUGUUGCUUUCGUUCUUUCAAGCCUUUCUUUCUGUUGUUUUCUCUCCUUAAAUCAUUCCUAGAAUAUCGUUAGUGGGAUCGGUUUUAGCCAUCUCUCCCCCCCCCCCUUUGGGGGUGAUACUUUGACGCGCGUAGCCUCGUUCCAUUGACCAGUCUGUUUAGGCAAGCGUCAACAAGCGACGAGCCCAGCUAGCCCGUAGCGAUCUCAAAAAUCUAAUGAGCGAAAAGCGGGAAGGAUGACGCCCUAACACUCCUCCCCCCCUUCACCCCUCUUCGUCAUGGCGCUGUGUUGUUUUCCCCCAAUUAGGGCGCGCUUAAACAAGCGGGAAUGCACUGCCAAACGGUCCGCACUUCAGGGUGGGCCGCGCAUUUCGUAGAAUCGCUAGGUGUGGUAAAUGAAUGAUGUGUACGUGUGGCUUGCAUUGGCUCCCCGCACACUAACACAGCACGGGGCGAGGAUCGGAUUGCAACUGGUUCAUCCUCUCGCUCGGGAAAAAGCAGGGGGGAAAACCGCAGCGCCCUUACUCCCUUUCCGAUGCUUCCGCCGUGUCCUCCCGUACAGUGGGAAGCGCUGGGAACAAAAUGCGCCGCUCGUGAGUGAUUGGUUGAGGAUAAUGUUCCAUGUUGGGAUUAAAAAAACAAAUCGGUGCGCAAGUGUAAGACUUAAACAUUAUUUAAAAAAAAUCAAUUUUUGGCAUAAAAUGUGGACUGAAUUACUUACUUGUUA